AUGGUCGUGAACGGCCUUCGAGCAGCGUGGAUAAUCGUUGUCCUUUGGUAUGAGGUUUACACGUUCGACCAUGUCCUACGUCCUUGUCAGUGGCCAGAUAUUCAUCAGUCUAACACCCCGAACUCCCGUAUUGCACGCGUAUUAGUGGUGGCAGACCCACAAAUAAUUGACUACCGCUCGUAUCCUACACGUGGUCCCCUGCUGAAAGUCUUGGGCCAGUUCAUCAUCGAUCUCAACCUCCGGAGGAGCUGGCGCUCGACGAUAAGUCAUUUGCAACCUCAUGUCGUUGUUUUCCUGGGCGACCUCAUGGACAACGGCCGCGCCACCAUGUCGAAUAGCGAGUACAAUGCGUAUGCUGCACGAUUUUUCGACAUCUUCAAGAUGGAGGAGUUGUCCAUACCAACUUUUUUUCUCCCUGGGAAUCAUGAUCUCGGACUCGGAGACGCCGUUUCCUUUUCUCUUGAAGCUGCAACAAGGUACACCUCUCACUUUGGACCACGGAAUCACAAGACUACGAUUGGAAACCAUACUAUUCUGUUCAUCGAUGCAGUCGGCUUGCUUGAAGAAGAUGUUGUCCGCGCAGAUCGAGGGUAUUCGUAUGACAACUGGCCCGCAGUGGCAGGAGGAUCCAUCGACUUCGUGAAGCGGUCUGCUACUAACGAAUACGCCAGUCCGAUUGUGCUCUUCACGCAUAUUCCUCUUGCUCGGCCUCUUGAUACGGACUGCGGUCCGCUACGAGAACGGGGCACCAUCCGACAGGGAUAUGGUUUCGGGUACCAGAACACCCUUUCUGACGAAGCAUCGCAAUUUCUACUUGGCUCGCUCGGACCAUCUCUUAUAUUCAGUGGUGACGAUCACGACUACUGUGAAUAUUCACACCCCUUGCCCUUUCAAUCCGCUUCUGGUUCGACGACAGUGCGAGAAAUUACGGUGAAGUCAUUUUCAAUGGCAAUGGGGAUACGUCGACCAGGAUUCCAACUUCUCUCGUUGACCUCAAUAGUCCCUUCAAUUGAGAACCUAACGCAAUUGCCAAAUUCACCGCCUUCUCUUCUAGAUACACCCUGUUUCCUCCCAGACCAACUCGGUAUCUAUCUCAGCGUCUACCUCCCUUUCAUCGUGCUCUCGGUGCUUAGCCUCCUCGCAUUUAAUAUUCACCGAGUCACUAGGGGCAACCAACAGACACAGCGCCGGCCCGAGAUUUCUUCUCGGGUCAGCCAUUCCGAACACAGCUUCAGUCGUGCCACCAGCGAUCGUGAGUUAUCUCGACGCUGGCUCGGGCAAAGUAACACGGAAGAUACCGACGAGGAUCCGUUCCUGCCUCUCCCUGUGACGAAACUUGCAGGGUCGAGGCACUCAAGCAAAAUCCGCGGCAGAUUCUCAUCUUCUUCCCAUUCAUGGUCCUUCUGUCUUCUGGGGCGCCGAAGACGUAUAUCACUGUCUCUGCCGUGUUCAAGGGUCAACCGCGGAGUGCACGAGGUGGGGGUCCUUCGAGGCUUUCUGCGCGAUGUGCUGGACGUGGCGUGGCCUCCUCUUCUCGUGUUUUGCGUCGCGGCAUGGUGGGCGAUGCACUCCUGA